UAGUUGUUUUUGUUUUUUUUUGUCUGAGCUUAGUUUAGUUGAGCUGCUAGGUGAGUGUGUCUUAGAUUUUUAAAGAAGAAUCGAAGAAAAGAAAAAAGAAAGAAGUGAUACAUUACAUUUGGGUACUGACGAGUAUAUCUCUCUUUCUAUUUCAGACUUCAGAAUGAUACGGAGCACUGCUUCUUCUUGCUAUGGCAACAGAGGUCUUCACUCUUCUACUCUUGUUUUUUUCUUCACUAAUAACUUAGCCUCGUUUCAUUCGCGACCCUCAAAACCCAUCAAUCUUAGAAUCACUACCCAACUAGAGCAGCAUUUUAGAGACCCGCCCAUGCUCAAAGUCUCUAAUGUUAAGGAUGCCUUGAAGCUGUUCGAUGAAAUGCUUCAAAGGCACCCUCUUCCUUCCAUUGUCCGUUUCAAUCAAAUGUUGGGUCAACUCGUGAAAAUGAAGCACUGUUUGGAAGUUAUUGGUUUGUAUAAACAAAUGGGUUUGAGGAGAAUCCAUCCUGAUAUUUAUACUCUAACGAUCAUCAUUAACUGCUAUUGUCAUUUGAACCAAAUGGGGUUUGGUUUAUCUGUCUUUGGUCACUUCUUCAAAUGUGGAUUCGAACCAAAUGUCACCACCCUCAAUACUCUCAUCAAGGGCUUUCUUCUUGCGGGUAGAGUUGCUGAAGCAACAGCAAUUUUCAGAAGAAUGGUGGAGGGAGAGUAUUGUAAGCCCGAUGUGGUCACCUUCAACACACUAACAAAGGGCUUGUGCCUCAAGGGCAACAAUAAUGGAGCUCUUCAAUUGCUUAGGAAGAUGGAACUAUCUCCAGACUGUAAGCCUGAUGUAGUUUCUUAUAACACCAUCAUUGACAGCCUUUGUAAGGAUGCACAAAUUGUUGAUGCAAUGAACCUCUUCUCUGAAAUGCUCGGUAAGGGUAUCACCACAGACGUCUUUACCUAUACCUCUUUAAUUCAUGGAGUUUGCAGAUUAGGCCAGUGGAAACAAGCUAUGAGGUUGUUGAAUGAAAUGGUCAGUAAAAAGAUCUUUCCAAAUGUGCACACCUACACCGUCCUGGUAGAUGCACUUUGUAAGGAGGGGAUGGCAGUGGAAGCAAAAGGCGUGAUUGAGAUGAUGGUUGAAAGAGAUCUUGAACCUAAUGCAGUUACAUACAGUGCACUUAUGGAUGGAUACUGUUUGAGAGGCGACAUGGGAGAGGCAAGAGAAGUCUUCAAUCUAAUGGUUAGGAAGGGCUCAAUGGUCAAUGCUUAUAGUUAUAACAUAUUGAUAAACGGGUAUUGUAGGCAUAAAAAGAUCGAAAAUGCCGUGACUCUUUUCCAGGAAAUGUCUUGUAAGGGACUGGUGCCGGAUACCAUUAUUUAUACCACUCUUAUAGAUGGUUUUUGCAAAGUGGGGAGAAUACAAGAUGCCAGAAAGUUGUUCUCUAGGAUGCAAGGUUGUGGCCAACUUCCAGAUGUUCAAACUUAUGCUGUUUUACUGGAUGGCUUAUGCAAAAACCAACAACUUGAUAUGGCUAUAGAAUUGUUUAGAGAAAUGGGAGACAAGAAGGUGGAGCCAAAUAUUGUAGUUUACAAUAUUCUUAUCGAAGGUUUGUGCAUAGCUGGGAAACUUGAAUCUGCUAGAGACCUCUUCUUCAGUUUAUCAUCGAAGGGACUUCCACCUCAGGUGAGAACGUAUAACAUAAUGAUUGGUGGACUUUCUGAUGGGGGCCUAAUUGGUGAAGCAGAAACAUUGCUUGGAGGUAUGGAAGAAAAAGGCUGUUCUCCAAACGAUUGUACGUAUAAUACAAUUAUCCGAGGGUUUAUCAAUAACAAUGAGAUACCAAGAGCUAUCAGACUCAUUCAAGAAAUGGUGGAGAGUGGAUUAUCUGCAGAUGCAUCAACUAUGGAAUUGAUUGUUGAUCUAUUGUCUAGAGAUAAUGUAGAUACUGCUUUGUUGGCUUUCUUUAAAAAAUCAUUAUGAAGUUAUUUAGAAUCUAACAGAACUUUUACAGUAUCAUAAGAAAAUUCAAAAUUGUUGAAUCUUGUUCUCUUCUGGUACAAAAAAUGCUGCAUCUUUGAAAACCUUGGAUGUAUAAGUGCUAUUUAUUUA